CCUCCCCCUCCGUGCUCGUGACGUCUUUACAGGUCGACCAUGUGGCACGGAGCCAAACAGGAAGUGACGAGAAACGGAAAAGACAACUGCUGAAGCGUUUCGAGCUGCAACGAUGAGUGCCGGAGGGGGAUUGGUGACCAAUCGUGGACGACGUUUCAAAUGGGCCAUUGAAUUGAGUGGUCCAGGCAGUGGUGGUAGAGGCCGAAGUGACCGGGGCAGCAGCCAAGGAGAUGCACUCUACCCCAUAGGCUAUUCAGAUAAGCAGGUGCCUGACACAAGUGUUCAGGAGACAGAUCGCAUCCUGGUUGAAAAGCGCUGCUGGGAUAUUGCUCUUGGUCCCUUGAAGCAAAUCCCUAUGAACCUAUUCAUCAUGUACAUGGCAGGGAAUACAAUCUCUAUCUUCCCCACCAUGAUGGUCUGUAUGAUGGCCUGGAGGCCCAUCCAAGCACUAAUGUCCAUCUCUGCUACCUUCAAGCUACUUGAAAGCUCAAGUCAGAAGUUUCUUCAGGGAUUGGUAUAUUUAAUUGGCAACCUGUUAGGAUUGGCCUUGGCAGUUUACAAGUGCCAGUCAAUGGGGCUACUGCCAACUCAUGCUUCUGACUGGCUGGCUUUUAUUGAACCACCUGAGCGUAUGGAGUACUCAGGUGGGGGUCUGAUCUUAUGACCUGACCCAUUUCCAGAAAUCUAACUGGAUUUUAAGGGCAUGUUGCUGCAUUGUGGAACAGUAGGAAGCAUUUGCAGAAUGUUAUCCAGAACAAGGAGGACUGGUGUGCUUUGCAGGAAUUGAAGCAAAAGAUAUUCACCCUGAUAAAUUUUCCCUCGGUUAAAAUAAAAAUAAAAACUUUUUAAGUGUG